AUGGAUUAAUUUCUUAACGAUUUUGAACAAUAUUGUAGAAAUAUAGGUAUUUUAGAAUAGGAAUCAAAUUUUGAAGACAAAGAAGAUGAAUUAGGAUAGAUUCUAUUUAAGCACAUAUUGAAAUUGAAUAAAGAAUCAUUAAUGUAAUUAUCUAAUCGAAUUGCAAAACAAUGGUUAGAUCAAUAAUAGAGUUAAAAGAUAGUUUAACCAAAUAGUGCAAAAUAAAAUAAUACAAAGAGAAGCAAACAUAGUUAAUCUACACCAUAAGAAUCUAUGAAAAGUAUUAUAAAUAGCAAUAUUUAAUCAACAAAUUAUUUAUAUGAUCAAUAUAUAUAAAAAGAGGAAAAUAAAAUUCUAAAAUCUCAAAAGAUUAUUGAAGAAUAAUUGAAAGAAUGUACAUUUUAACCAUAAAUCUUAAAAAAGAGUUAAUAAUUAGAUACAAAUAUUCCAGUUCAUGAUAGAUUAGCAAAAUUUGGAACUGAUUAAAGAUUGAAAUAAUAAAUAAGUUCAGAAAUAAAAAAUAAAAAUGAUCUAAAAUAAUGUACAUUUAAACCAUAAGUUAAUCAUAAAGUCUCAAAAACUUUAGAAGGUGAUCCAUUCUCAAGGUUAUAUUUAAAUGCAUUAUCAUAACGGUAAUCUAAACCUCAAAGUCAAGAAAAGAUAUAUUCUCAUAAACCAUAAUUAAUUAGUUAACCACCUUAAUAAUAAUUAGGUUAUCUGACUAUACCAGUAGAAUAACGUUUAUAUAAUAAUUUCUUUGAUUAAUAACAAUAACUUGUUUAAUAAUAAGAAAUUGAGAAAUUAGCUGAACUUGAAGAAUGUACAUUUACACCAAUAAUUAAUUAAUAUGCAUCAAUCUCAAAUGGUGUUGAUAAUAAAUCAAAAGUUUUUGAAAGACUUUAUAAUAAAUCUGCAACUUAAAAAUCAAAUUCAGAAAUAAAAGAAUAAACUUAAAUUUUAAAUCGUUUUUCAAGUAGUAAAUAAUCAGAAUAGAUUAUCAGAAAUGCUAGUUUUGAUAAAUCUAAAUAUGUAUCUUAAUUUUAGAUUGAAUAAUCUCCAUAUGAUAGAUUGCAUGAAGAAUAUAAAAGAAUUUAGAAAAAGAAAAAGAUAAUUGAAAAUUAAGUUUUCUCUAGUAUUCCAUUUAAACCUAAAAUUAAUAAAAAAUGA